AUGCUUCUGGCGCUGAUCACUUCCCAGUCUGUCGUCCAUCAACCGAGCACAUUCUGUGCAGUGCGGCAGUGCACUAUCGAUGAUGCAACAAAGUUGAUAUUAUAUGGAUUUGCCUAUUCGCUGCCAUUUCCGCUCAUGCUCACAAUGAGCACCACCUUCCGCUCACAUCUCUUCCAUAUUCUCACUACCUGGGUGCAUUCACGUUCCAAAGUCCGCAAGGAUUCAACAUUACGAAAAGUUACGAAGCACAUUACACGGGCCGUUGCCUACAGUAAGCUCGAAAUGGAAAACUCUGAAAUUGACAACAGGAACUACAAUGUGCGACCUCAAAGUCUACAAGCCGUCCUGAAAGAAGAUGCGAUAUACCGUGUUCGAUUCGCAAUGCCUCAAAGUGUUGGCGUCAUCGAAGAGGAGGAUGAGAGCAGCGAACAACGCGACGACGAAGCCACUGUAACACAAGCUUUCAUGGAAAGCGCGCAGUUUCUGGAAAGACCGGUGUUCGUAGACGAGGAUUCGAACAGCGGUUACAGCGAACACAUGUUGUAA